AUCUGUUACUGAUAUUGCCUUAUUAUUUAUUGAAUGGAAAAAGAAUUAUCAAAUAUUUCAUUAUUAAAUAAUUGUUCGAGAACUUCUAAUUUCGUUGGAAUGCAACAAAACAACCAUGAACAUGAAUUAACUAAUAAAGAGAAUGUGUACAAUAAUGGAAUUCAAUUCAGUUUAAACUUAUCCAAUAGUAGUAUGUGUGAACGUCAGAAUUUAACAACAUUUGAUCAUUCUUUACGACCGGUUCAUGCUGAAGUUUGUGUAUCUUCACAUAAUUGUGAAGAGUUUACUGUUAUUGAAUCGUAUGUUGUGGAAUUUCUACGUCAACUUGGUCCUCGACACAUACCAACUGUUCUAAACAAAUUUGAUAAUGAAUUGAAUUUAACAACGUUUCAUAGUGAGUUGGACAAGUUCCAGGAGAUUCUUACAAAUUGUGUUGCUUCAAUUAAUUUAAUGCUUGAUGAAGCUGAUGGAAUUUAUGAUAACGAUGCUGGUCGAUCAGUUGAUCUUUGUAUUGCACCUAUUUUAGUGCAUAUUUAUCAAUUAGUUAAUGGAGAUGAAGCUUUACCAGCUCAAGAAAUGAUUGAAUUCGGUUCAGAGUCUAUCAAUAGUGGUACGACAUGGUUACUGCCAUCAAUAGAAAUGUCAGGUCUUUGGGAAUCAUUAAUUUUCGAUACAGAUAUUAAAUUAAAUUUAUUACAAUAUGCACAAACUGCUCUACUAUUUGCUGAUCGAGAAGUAUCCUCAUCUGUAAUUUCAUGGAAUCGUGUAAUUCUAUUAUAUGGUCCACCAGGAACUGGUAAAACUUCACUAUGUCGAGGUUUAGCUAAUAAAUUAGCUAUACGAAUGGCUGAUCGUUAUUCAUCAGCACAGCUAAUUGAAAUUAAUACAAUGAAUUUAAUGUCAAAAUGGUUUUCUGAAAGUGCACGUCUUGUUACAAAAAUGUUUGAUGGAAUUAAAGAAUAUUUAGAAUCAAAUGAUCAUCUUGUAUGUUUAUUAAUUGAUGAAGUGGAAAGUUUAACAGCUGUUCGAACUUCUUCCAUGUCAGGUUGUGAACCAAGUGAUGCUAUUCGUGUUGUUAAUGCAGUUUUAACUCAAAUUGAUCAGAUUAAACGUUACCCCAAUGUUCUAAUAUUGGCCACUUCAAAUGUAACAGGUGUUAUAGAUCCAGCAUUUUUGGACAGAGCUGAUAUACGUUUGUAUAUUGGUCCACCUUCUCCUCCGGCUAUUUAUUCAAUCUAUCGUACAUGUUUAUAUGAAUUAAUUAGAGUUGGGCUGAUCAAUUCUACAGAGGAUAGUCGACUAUUAAGUUAUCAAACAUUGGCAUCUGUACAAUUUAUGGAAAAUCAGGCCAAUUCACUAAGUAUUGAACUAUGGCGUCUAGCUGAACAUAGUCUCGGUUUAAAUGGUCGUACAUUACGCAAACUACCUUUAUUAGCUUAUGCAUUUUAUUUGAAUAAAGUAAUCCCUGAUAUGCGUUACAAUUCUGUCAUUCAUUGUCGUCGAAUUCAUUUACCAGAGUCUAAUAGUAGUAAAAAUCAUUCCUCUUCUAUUCUUAAUGAAUCUUCAUCAUUUAAUCAUGUGAGUACAUCAAGUAUGUGUAUGAAUAAUGAAUUGAAUCAUUUUACAACACUAUCAUCAACAGGCAUUAACCCUGAAGUAGAAUUAUCAUCAUCAUCGUCAUUAUCAUGGCCAAAUCCUAAUCCUGGCAAAUUGAAUAAUAAUAAUAAUAAUAAUAUUUCACUAAGCCUAUUUAUUAAAGCAUUACAUUUAACUGUAACAGCUCAAUUCAUUGAAUUAAAAUCAUUGGAUUUAGCAUCCUCAGGUAAAGGACGUUUAACUGGAAUUCAUUCUGAAUCGAAUUAAAAUGUUGCAUUUAUCCUAUCUUUAUUGUUAUUUUGUUAUGUACACACACACACACACUAUCGUCUUUUCUCUUUCUUUUCUGUACACAUUUUUGUUGUUGUUGUUGUUGUAGGAUGCAUUUAUGUGUUUUGUGUAUUGUUACUUCUUUUUAAUUUUUAUCGAUAGUUUGGUUGUUUACAUUCGUCUUUUUUUUACAAGUUAUUAUUUUUUUAUUAUGGCUAUUUUUGUAUCCAUUUUUUUAAAGACAAUAAAGAGUUUUGUAGAGAAUCUUUUGAUAUAGUUAAACAAACAAAAUAG